GCCGUCGCUGAGGCCCGGGCGGCGGGUUCUCGGCCCUUAGCCGGGCGCUCGGGCUCCAGCGCGGCCGGGGGGCGGGGCGCCGGGCCCCUUCCGGGGAUGGGCCGCGGCGCCCGCGUCGGCCUCGCUCGGCCCCGGCUCCUCCCCGCUCGGGCGGGCGCUCGGCCGCGUCCCCGCCCGCCAGUCCGCCGGGCCCGGCCGGCCGCGCACGGAGCUCGCAGGCCGCGGGGCCGGCGGCACCAUGUUCUCCCUCAAGCCGCCGCGACCCACCUUCAGGUCCUACCUGCUGCCGCCGCCCCAGCCCGAGGACAAGCUGAAUUCCGAACCGAAGAUCAAGAAACUGGAGCCGGUGCUUCUGCCAGGAGAGAUUGUCGUCAAUGAAGUCAAUUUUGUGAGGAAAUGCAUCGCGGCCGAGACGAGCCAGUAUGAUCUGUGGGGGAAGCUGGUCUGCAGUAACUUCAGGAUCUCCUUCCUCACCGAUGACCCAAUGCCCUUCCAGAAGUUCCAGUACAGAAACCUCCUCCUCGGCGAGCACGAUGUCCCUCUGACCUGCAUCGAGCAGAUUGUCACAGUGAAUGACCACAAGAGGAAGCAGAAAGUUCUAGGCCCUAACCAGAAACUGAAAUUUAAUCCAACAGAGUUAAUUAUCUACUGUAAAGAUUUUAGAAUCGUCAGAUUUCGCUUUGAUGAAUCUGGUCCGGAAAGUGCCAAAAAGGUGUGCCUUGCAGUAGCUCAUUAUUCCCAGCCAGCAGAUCUCCAGCUACUCUUUGCAUUUGAAUAUGUUGGGAAAAAAUACCACAAUUCAGCCAACAGAGUGAACGGUGUGCCCUCAGGAGGUGGCAGCGGCCCGCACACGCCCCUGUUUGAGACCUACUCGGACUGGGACCGCGAAGUCAAGAGGACGGGUGCGUCCGGGUGGCGUGUGUGCUCCAUCAAUGAGGGCUACAUGGUAUCCACCUGCUUGCCUGAGUAUUUCGUGGUGCCAAGCUCCUUAGCGGACCAGGACCUCAAGAUCUUUGCCCACUCCUUCGUGGGAAGAAGGACGCCUCUCUGGAGCUGGAGCCACGCCAACGGCAGCGCUCUGGUGCGGAUGGCCCUGAUCAAGGAUGCGCUGCAGCGGCGGAAGAUCGACCAGCGGAUUUGUAACGCGGUAACAAAGAGCCACCCCCAGAGGAGCGACGUGUACAAGUCGGACCUGGACCAGGCCCUGCCCAGCAUCCAGGAUGUCCAGGCGGCCUUUGUGCGGCUGAAGCACCUGUGUGUCAAUGAGCCUUUUGAAGAGACUGAGGAGAAGUGGUUUUCUUCACUGGAAAGUACUCGGUGGUUAGAAUAUGUGAGGAUGUUCCUUAAACAUUCAGCAGAACUCGUGUAUGUGCUCGAAGGCAGGCGUCUGUCUGUCGUCCUUCAAGAGGAGGAGGGGAGAGACCUGAGCUGUGUCGUGGCUUCUCUCAUCCAAGUGAUGCUGGAUCCCUAUUUCCGCACCAUCACGGGCUUCCAGAGUCUGAUCCAGAAGGAAUGGGUCAUGGCUGCGUAUCCGUUCCUCGACCGGUGCAACCACUUGAAGAGGUCGGAGAAAGAGUCCCCCCUGUUCCUGCUCUUCUUGGACGCCACGUGGCAGCUGCUGCAGCAGCAGCCCGCUGCCUUCGAGUUCUCAGAAACGUACCUGGCCGUGGUGCUGGAUAGCUCCCGCCUCUCCCUGUUCGGCACUUUCCUCUUCAACUCGCCCCACCAGCGUGUGCAGCAGAGCACGGAAUUCGCCAUCAGCAAGAACAUCCAGCUGGGCCAUGAGAAGGGCCUGGAGUUCCCAUCGGUCUGGGACUGGUCGCUGCAGUUCACGGCCAAGGACUGCAGCCUGUUCCACAACCCUGCCUACGUGGGAAAGCGCGUGCCCUGCAUGCACAAUGGUGCUGCCAAGGUCUUCAAGCGGACUAAGAAGAGCUACAGUUCCACACUGAGAGGGCUGCCGGCCACCCUUAAGAACGGGCUCAUCAGCGACCCUGAGCCGCUGGUGCGGAGGAACUCACUGGUGCUUGGGACCAGGCCGCCGCCACCACCACAGACUGACAGGGACAGGCCAAGCGAGGGGAUGGAGGCGUACUUCCGCGAGUGGUGCUCCAGGCCUGUGGACCUGCACGGCGUUCUCCUACCACACCUUGCUGCCCCCCACAUCAAACUCUGGAAGCUCUGCUACUUCCGUUGGGUCCCUGAGACACAGAUCCACCUCGGGGGCUUCAUCACGGCCUUCCACAAGCUCUCUCUGCUGGCCGAUGAGGUGGACAUGCUGGGCAGGACGCUUCGACAGCCCCGUGCUGGCUCCCUGGAGCUGGGCUUGGCUGGGCAGGAGCAGAGCCACUUGUACUUCCGGGCCAGUGGUGGCCCGCAGGCCUCGGGGACGCCCGACUUCCUCUCUUCCUCCUUCCCCUUCUCUCCCAUCGGCAAUUUCUGCCGACGCAGCAUCUUGGGGACACCGCUGAGCAAGUUUCUGAGCGGGGCCAAGAUCUGGUUAUCGACUGAAACUCUUGCGAACGAAGAUUGAUUUGCGCUGCGUCCAGCCAGGCAGGAGAGUUGGGAUUUGCACUAAUAUUUAAAAGGUCCGAUUAGACUUCCUUGGGGUGGGAGCUGCCAGCCCACAAUGUCCUGUCUGCUUCCUGUCUGUACUCCUGCGCCUUGCUCUGCCACAAGCACGCGCACAGGGCUGUGUGUGGUCACUUGUCACUCCCCGGUUCUCUGCUGGGCCUUAGUCAGACUCAUCCCCCCAGAGUAGGCGCUGGGAGAGCUUAGAGCACAAUGAGGACCAGUCAGGCCUGCACCGCCGGCCCCAGACAAGCCUCCGAAGCGGUCACAUGCUUCACAGCCCAGGGCUCCAAGGCCAUGCUUGUCAGCGGCCACUGUCUGCAGCUCAUAACGUGGCUGUUCUUGUGGAACACGCGCCCUUGACUUCUAAAGCGUUCACCGUAAUAGUAGAAACGCAGAAGUGCCUUUGGCCCGAGUGCCCAUGUCUGAGCCAAUGCCUGAGUCAAAUGUGGGUUUUUUCCCCCUCCUUAAAUCAGGGUGUUCGGACAACCUGUUUCAAUAGAGGACACAGCUUUUUACAGCAAGUGUCGUAGCAGUAGCCAGGGGUCCUCAGAACCACAUUCCUGUCCUCACAAGCCUGUGGGAGGUGGCACUGCUGUCUAGGCACAUACUGGCAUAUUUGCCUGCUCCAUGCCAGCCCCUGGCAGCACUCCCGCUGUGUGGCCCUGCAGUGAGCACCUGUACCCAGGUGGGUGCAGCUCCAGGGCGUUGCUGAGGAGAGUACCCAGGUGUUCUUGCAGGAACGUAGGGGGAGGCUGAGACACAGACGGGCACAGCCUGGUCUCAGCUACUUGUUUUCAGGGUGUUAUAUACAUGCAGCUCCUAUGCCCCACCCCACAUGUACCCCAUUCCUUGUCUGGAAGAUGGGGAGGGGGGUGUUCUACUGGGCUCUUACACUGCCUUCUUUCAGCGCUGCCAUGUCACUUGCUUCCUUUUCUAAAACAAACUCCCCCAUGCUGUGCCUUUGUAUGUAAUGGGCUGUUUCUCUGCAUCUUAACGUCUGUGGACUUUGAGGGACAGAAGCCCCCACACAGGCCCUUCGGAACAUCCCUUGCAUGAAUCCAAAGUUAUUGCAAACCUAUUGCCUUGAAGAGAAGGACUUUGGAGGUUUCCAUGCAUGGUAUGAGCCACAAACCAUUCUAAAGCCCUUGGUGGGAACCCGUGCCCUUAUAGGCCAGCAUGCCUGCCAGGGACAGUCUGGACAGUCGUCUUCCUCGGCCCUUCUUCGUGAAGCUGCUUUGUAUUAUUACAGAUUGUUGUAAAUUUGGUAUUUUGGGGGAGGGCAAAUCAUUUCCUUCUCAAAUAUUUUUCUCUCCUGAGACAUGACUUCCGCUUUUUUAAAUAUUUUUUUAAUGCACAAGAUCACAAAGAUCAGGUACUAUUAAUGCUGUUGGGAAGUAAUGAGUGCAUCUUUUUGUACGAUAAGCAUUGUUUUGCCAGGCAGCUGCGCCUGGAUGAUCACUGUGUCAUGAGGUCACGGGCACAGUGUGAAAGGUGCAGUGCCAGUUGUGGCCAGCUCUCCGGAGUGUGGCAGGGAUCCUGCAAGUGUAUGGCGUUGAGACUAGAAGGGAGCACAGCGAGCCCUUCAGGCAGAGACAACCAGGGUUCCAUCCAUGGCACCCCCUAAGGUCUCCUGAGCCCCACGAGGCGCGACCCCUAAGUACAGCCAGGAAUCAUCCCUGAACAUCGCUGAGUGUGGCCCCAAGCAAAAGAGGAUGGCUCUUACAUUCUGUGGUGGAAGCCAGUUUUAAAAGCCCAGACACCCAGCUUGAAGUUUGAGCGAUCGAAGCGAGGAAACUCACGCAUCUGCCCUCUGCCUGCCGAGCAGGAGCUCUGGAAGUCCGGACUGGAUGCAGAUGCACCUUCGUGCCUAAGCUGGAUGGGCCCGUGGGGGGCACAGGCUGCACAAGGGCCACAAGUGAGCAUUUGAGGAACCGUGGCCGCAAAUAAAAUCCCGCGAGGGUCAUCUGCA